UAGUCUUCUUCUUACAGUCCCAGCCUUUCAAAAUGACCACAGGAGAGCCAAACUCAGCCACCGAGCUGCCGUCCACUACUCCCAGCGCAGCACCAGCACCAGCACCAGCGGCAGCAGCAGCAGAGGCCCCAUCGCUGCUUGUUCUGUACGGCAGCCAGAGCGGCAAUGCCGAGUCCAUUGCUCGCGACAAGAUUCACGCGGCGGCGCUUGAGCGUGGCUAUGCGAACGCACGUGUGUUUGGCCUGGAAUCGACCGAGAAGGAGUUCUUUAUCGAGAAGGAGCGCCUGGUCGUGUUUGUGAUUGCAACGCACUAUGAAGGCGAGCCGACAGACAACUCGGCCAAGUUCUGGCGCGGUCUGAAGCGAACGGCUCUGACAUCACAGCACCUGGCAAAGCUCCGGUUUGCAGUGCUUGGGCUGGGAGAUACCAACUACUCGACUUUUUGCAACAUGGGCAAAAUGCUCGACAAGCGACUGGGCGAGCUCGGUGCAAAGUCCUUCCACCCUCUUGGCAAGGCCGACGACGCUGUCGGGUUGCAACUCGUCGUUGAGCCUUGGACGGAAAAGCUUUGGCCAGCACUCGCCGCCGUUGUCAGCGAAAUGGCUGGAUCUACUGGCUCGACUUCUGCCACACUAGCGCAGAAUUCGUCGUCGUCGUCUUCGGCAGACGCUCCUUCUGUUGCCGCUGACAAAAGCAGUCCUUCCGCAGCUGCUCCUGCUCAACCAUCUGUCGGUUCUUCUGCACCUGUUGUUGCUGCUGAUGCUCCAGUCGUGCCAGCUGAUCCAGCAGGCCUUCCGCGACUCCCAACCGCAUCCAUCACCCUCGCGCUGCGCACAGAACCAGCAGUCGACCUGCUGACGCGCCUGAACGGCCGAGACCUGCAAUUGGUUGGACUCAAAUCCGUCUCGAGGUUGACGAGCCUCACGAGCAACUCUGAUCGCACGGUGCUGCAAGCAGUCGUUGACAUUACAAACACGGCGCUCAGUGACGGGCGCUAUUCGCCCGGUGAUGCGUUUGGCGUUUUUUGCCCGAACGACACUGCUCGGACGCACGAGUUGCUUUCCCAUCUUGGCGCAAAGUUUGACCAGUCGGUCGAUUUGACCCCAGCCGGCAUGGCCAAAGAGCUUCCAGUGCAUAUUCCAGCCCAAGCCACUCUUGGCCACUUGUUUUCGUGGUGCAUUGACGUUCGCUCGGCGCCUAAAAAGACCUUUUUGCGCACUUUGGCCGAAUAUGCAACCAACCCGCUCGAGCGUCACCGCAUCUUGACCUACUGCAGCCGAGAGGGCUCGGCAAUCUACGAAACAGAUAUCCGCACCCCUUGUUUGGAUUUGCUUGAUGUGCUCCGAAGCUUCCCAAGCUGCCGCCCUCCGGUCGAGAGGAUUAUUGAGGCACUCCCGCCGCUUCAGCCUCGCUACUACUCUGCGGCCAGCGCUCCUCUCGCGCACCCGAACGAACUUCACUUUGCCUUCACUGUUGCGUCGUUUUCACCCGUCAACGGUGGUCUCUCUGCGUCGCGCUCCACCCACGGCUUGGCGACGCAUUGGUUUGAGCAGCAGAUGCUUUCCAACCUGCCCGCAGACCAGUUGCCACGCGUCCCGCUGUUUGUGCGUCCAGUCAACGACUUUCAUCCUCCGACAGACGUCAGCAAGCCCCUGAUCAUGGUAGGCCCAGGGACGGGUGUUGCGCCGUUUAUCGGGUUUCUGCACGAGCGACGCGUGCAGCGCGAACGGUUCCUUGCGACGCUGUCGGCCGAGAGUGACGCGGACAAGGCUGCUGCUCUCGAGCGCGCUUUUGGCCGCACUACCCUGUUCUUUGGGUGCCGCAACCAAAAGCACGACUUUUUGUACGAAGAGCAGCUGCGUCAGCUGGUUGCCUGUGGUGCUCUUACGUCGCUGCAUGUGUGCUUCUCUCGCGAUGUCCCCGAAUCUGGCACUGCGACCGCGACCGAGCCAUCGGCUACCGAUGCGCCGAUCGACCUUGGUGCUGCUGCUGCUUCAACCCCCGCCUCAACCCCAGCAGCUGCUGCCGCGCGUGUUCAGUACGUCCAAGACAACAUGCUGCUCCACUACACCGAGGUUUUGGAUGGCAUGAUGCGCCACGACGGUGUUCUUUUUGUCUGUGGCGAUGCCAAGAACAUGGCCAAGGAUGUCCACGACACGCUUGGCAAGCUGCUCGUCCUGCAUGAGGGCCAGUCUUCUGAUCAAGCCACAGCGCUUCUCUCUCAGUGGUCGCUUUCCAAGCGUUAUCUGCGAGAUGUGUGGGCGUGAGUUGUGUCAGUUGUUUUGUUUUGUUUUUGUGAAUUCUUCCGACAUGUCCAAAUUACCUCUUUCCAUCGA